UUUAAGGCUGGAGGGUGCCCAGGACAGCUACACUUGAGCCAUGGCUGCGAUGCUGAGCCUCGUCCUGCUGCUGGUGGUCGGCGGUGUCCGCGCCGCGGUGCUGCCGGACUCCCGGGUGGUCAAUGGGCAAGAUGCGGAGCCCUACAGCUGGCCCUGGCAGAUCUCGCUGCAGUACGAGCGGGACGGCACCUUCCGCCACACCUGCGGGGGCACCUUGAUCGCUGCCAACUGGGUGAUGACGGCCGCGCACUGCAUCUCCAAAUCCCGCACGUACCAGGUGGUGCUGGGCGAAUACGAUAUGAGCGCCGGGGAGGGCCCCGAGCAGCGCAUCCCCGUGAACUCCGACGAGAUCUUCGUGCACCCCAAGUGGCUCAGCUUCUGCGCGGCCUGCGGCAAUGACAUCGCCCUGAUGAAGCUGCAGCGCCCGGCCGUGCUCUCGGCGGAGGUGCAGGUGGGGCGGCUGCCGCCCGCCGGCUCCAUCCUGCCCAACGGGUACCCCUGCGUGCUCAGCGGCUGGGGACGGCUCACCACUGGGGGGUCGCUGCCGGACCGGCUGCAGCAGGCAGAGCUUCCCGUGGUGGACUAUGAGCACUGCACCCAGCCCGACUGGUGGGGGGCUGUGGCCAUCCGCGAAACCAUGAUCUGUGCUGGCGGCGCCGAGAAGGCUGGAUGCAACGGCGACUCCGGAGGCCCCCUGAACUGCCAGGCUGAGGAUGGGACCUGGGAGGUCCAUGGCAUUGCCAGCUUCGUGUCGGCCCUGGGCUGCAAUGCUGCCAAGAAACCCACUGUGUUCACCCGUGUGUCUGCCUUCGAGGACUGGAUUGCAGAGACCAUGAGAGACAACUGAGUACGGCAGCGUCCUUGUCAUCAACCCCCUGGCCUGGCAUCAGGCAAAUAAACCACCAACAGCUGGCA